AUGGCAACAACUCUACGCAAGGUCUUAUUAUGUUAUUGCACUUUUGAGGAUAAUAUAAUUGGAGUUCGUGUUGACAGUCAAACAGAUUUUAAUGAAUUUGUUGAUGAAGUGUGUGGUGGUUUGAAGGUUCAUGCUAAUAGCGUGAGCUUACAUUAUACAACACAUUUCAACAAAACAUGCUUCUUGCCAUUAAAUGGGCCACGUGACCUUUCAAAUCUAUUGGAGUUUAAUAAUGAGAGUGCAAAGCUUCGUGAUUCUCCUAAGUAUCUUCCAUCAGAUAUAAUAAACGAUUUUAGUCGUGAUCAUGCCAUUUCACUGACUUAUAAACAAGCAUGGCGGGGGAAAGAGAGACUAAUUGAUGCGGCCCAUUUGAAGGGUAACUAUCAAGGUCAAUUAUUAGCUGUCAAUGCAUAUGAAGCGAAUAAUCAAAUGUUUCCAGUUGCGUUCGCAGUUGUUUCAUCUGAGUCAAUUCCAUAUUGGACUUGGUUUUUAGAGAAUUUGAAAUUUGCAUUGAAUGAUGAUCGAAAGUUAGUAAUUGUUUCUGACCGUAACACUAGCAUUCAACAUAUAGUAGAAACUGUGUUUGACUCUGAAUAUCAUAAUUUGGAUAUCUAUGGUUGGAUAAUAGAUAGUGAUCCGCCACAUUGGGCAAAUUCUCUAUUCAAGGGUAGACGGUAUGAUAAGUUUACAUCUAAUCUUGUAGAUUCAUUUAAUGCAUGGGUGUUAGAGGCACGGGAACAACCUAUCAUGUCCUUAGUCAACAUAAUUCGAUUGAAAAUGACAGAGUUGACAUUUAGGAGGCAAUGUGAAGCUAAGGGAUAUAAACAGCCAGUGGGCCCUAAUAUAGAGGAUUUUCUUAAAUUUAACAUAUCAGAGUCCAUAAAUUUAGGAUACACACAAUGUGGGGAUGAUGAAUUUGAAAUUCGCUAUAAGGGAAAACAAGAAAUGAUGCACCUGACUUCUAGAAGUUGUUCAUGUAAGGCAUGGCAAAUGGUUGGAUUACCAUGUGUGCAUGCAUGUCGUGCCAUUGGUUUAUUGGGCCUAAACAUUUAUGAUUUUGUUGAAGAGUGCUAUUUGAAAAAAAUUCAACAGGCAAUUUACUCCAAACACAUAUUUGCGAUGCCUAAUUCAGAUAUGCCUGAUUUCAGUAAUGAGUCAGUUUCUUUUAUGAGCAAUGGUGUUAAUCAUAAUGUUGUGAACUUGUUGCCACCAAAGCAAAAACGCCAACCUGGUCGACUUAGGACUAAAAGAAUUGAAUCACAACCAAUUGAAAGGAGGGAAAUUCAUUGUAGUCGGUGUAGAGAAAGUGGUCACUACCGACGCACUUGUCGAGCUGCAAUCGAUUAG